AUGCGAGCGGAGGCGGGCGGGAGGGGCCGGGCGGAGGGGCGGAGGCCGAGGCGCGGCGCGGCCGUCAGGAGCGGGGCUCCUCCAUGCCGCCGGGGGAGGAUCAGGGGCGGGUCUCCGCCGGCGGAGGGGGCGGUGGCCGGCCGGCGGGGUCGCGGGAGUCGUCUUCCCGGGCCGGGGGUGGGGCGUGCCCGCGGCGGCUCCUCCCCCCCGGCCUCCGCUCCGGCCCUCGGGUCCCCGGUGCGGCUGGGAGCGAGCGAGCGAGCGGGUCCUCCUUCCACCUCCCUCGGUCCUGUCGUCCUCAGGGUGCUGGGUGCGGUGGCGCUGGAGCGGUUCCCUCGCGAGCCGGAGCGGACGGAGCAGCUGAGAGACGAGGCGAGGAGGCCGUGCCGGGUGGAGACGCUUGUGGGCUCCGCUCAGACACCUCAGCCAAUCAGCGGUCGGAGCCGACGGUUGCGGAACGCUCGUGUGCCCGACGCUGGCAUUUGGAAUAGCGUGCCCAUGUGAACUCCCUGUGACUUGAGGAACCUAAGAAGCUACCGCCUUGACAGGCUUUCAGCUUGUUACGUUUUUAAAGUUCGAAGACCUCCGAAACAGAUCACUGGCACCGCUGGCCUUUUUUUUUUUUUUUUUUUUUUUAAGCAAUAUAGUCCAAAAUUUUAAGACCCACCUGGAUCUUGUGAGGGCUGAUUUUAAAGGGUGAUUUUUUAUAAACCCGUAAUGUUUUACAUUGAGAAGCCCUACUACAGCUACAUAGUAGGGACAUGUUAAAAAAAAAAAAGAAUCAUUGUUACCCUUUUCUAAAAUAUUGGAAGUCUGUUGGAAGACUAAUUUAAAAUUUAGUAAAAGGCUGGACUGAAGCCUCAAUCAGUUUCAUCGAUAAAAUGAGGAGACAAUUAGUUUCAACACAUUUGAGAUUGGCAGUUGCCCCACCCUGUGUAUGAAAGCCAUGCUGUCACAUAAUUUGCCAUUUCCUUGCAUUCUUGGAAUGUACUUGUAGAGAUGCGUAAAAUCAGGAGAAAAAUUUAUAAAGACGUUUAACAAUUCUUUUUCACUAUCCAUUUCAGCUGCCCUGUAAUCUUCUACCCCGUGUCACCUGCCAUUCCCACAUUUCUCUAAAGCACAGGGUGCAAUACUUCAGGCAACAAAUAUUACUCUUGCUAGACAUUCACAGGUCCAUAGUGAGUCCCCUAUCUGGACAGAGAUAUUUUGU